CAUUGACUUCACCAAGAUGACUGCACUACUUCUCUAAAACUUUCUCUUUCUUCUUUCUCUGCUUCUUCUUUUGCAGAGCAAAAAGAGGGCAAUCAUGCUGGGAGGCUAAGCAUGGAAAAUUGGAGAAAUUCUCAACAUUUUUCUUUCAAGAGAAAUGGCUACAGCAGAGUCAGUAGGUGUCCCAGAACAACUACUUCAGAGGGUUGCUUCAGCACAGUUUAGGAGACCUCUCCUUCAUCUAGUCUCCUCUCAAGAUGCCAAGGGAAGAUACCUGAGCCAGUGUGUUCCCCUUCACAAAGCAGCACUGAAAGGUGACUGGAAAGAAGCGAGUAAAAUCUUGGAACAAGAUUUGGAGCUGCUUACAUCCGCCAUAACAAAGGGUUGGGCCACAGUCCUCCACAUAGCAGUGGGUGCUAACCAUGUUCACUUUGUGGAGGAGCUACUGAAGUUAAUGCAGCCUGAUGAAUUAGAAUUGCAAGACUUCAAGGGUAACACUGCAUUCUGCUUUGCUGCAGCGGUUGGGAAUGUGCAGAUUGCUGAGAUCAUGGAGAGAAAAAAUGAAUCCUUGCCAACAAUCAGGGGUGGAGAAGAUUUCACUCCUCUUCACUUGGCUGUUUUACUGGGAAGAACUGAGAUGGCAUGGCAUCUGUUUCCUAAAACCAAACAAAUAUUUCAAGAGGUCGAUUGGACCACAGUUUUCUUUCUUUCUAUAAACUGUGGCCUCUACGAUUUAGCCCUGGAAAUGCUAAAGGAGAAGGACACGCUAGCUUAUGCCAGACGUGAUGACAACUUGACAGGUUUGCAUGUCUUGGCUCGAACUCCUGGUUGUGGUUGCCAAACUCCACGAUGUAGAAAACACCUUCUACCUUUCUAUAAGGAGACUCCUAUUCUCAAACUUGUGAAACGAAUGUGGGAAAUAGUUGUUUCCCUGGAUGAACAAAUGAUGAUGGAUAUCCUCUCGGAACCAUCUCAAGUAAUAUUCAUAGCUGCAGAAGUUGGGAAUUUUGAAUUUCUGUCCGUGGUCUUGAGUACUUACCCUGAUUUGAUAUGGGAACUAGAUGCCAUGGAUCGAAGUGUAAUCCACAUUGCAGUCCUGCAUCGUCAUGCUAGUAUCUUCAAUUUGAUACAUGAAAUAGGCCCUAUCAAAGAGUUCAUUCUAACUUUCAAAGAUGAUCAAGGGAACAAUUUACUUCAUUAUGCUGCAAAACAAGCACCACCAGACCAACUUAAUAUGGUUUCUGGAGCAGCUCUUCAAAUGAUGCUUGAGCUGUCAUGGUUUGAGGAGGUGAAGAAGAUAAUGCCACUGUCAUCCAUAGAGGAACCAAAUUCUUUCGGCAAUAUUCCUCGACAAGUAUUCAGUGCAGAGCAUGAAGAAUUGCGGGAGAAAGGAGAGUCUUGGAUGAAGAGAACUGCAAAAUCAUGCAUGGUUGUUUCAACUCUGAUUACUACUGGAGUUUUCACCGCUGCAUUCAGCGUUCCAGGUGGUAUCAAUGAUGCUAAUGGUGGAACUCCCAAUUACUUGCAGGAAGCAGCAUUCUUGGUAUUUGCAUUAUCAGAUUCCAUUGCAUUGAUCUCAUCAUCAACUUCGAUCCUAAUUUUCUUGUCUAUCCUAGUCUCUCGAUAUGCGGAGGAUGAUUUUCUUAUGUCACUGCCCUUAAAACUUAUGUCUGGUCUUCUGGCACUGUUGAUCUCAAUAAUUAGCAUGAUGGUAGCAUUCAGUAGUGCCUUCUUUAUAACAUAUUACAAUGGAGUAAACUGGGUUCCUAACCUCAUUUCUGCAAUUGCUUUUGUACCAAUACCUGUAUUUAUAUUUCUGCAGUUUCCCCUUUGGUCUGACAUUGUCUAUUCAGCUUACAUUUGUAGUUUUAUAUUUAGACCAAGUAGACGUAUGAUUCACUAGGAAGGCAACAAUUUCAAUUUUCUAAUGAUAUAUUGCGUCUAAUUAAUGUUGUU